CGUUGCUCCUGUGCCCUUAAUUCAGGUCGUCCCUCCUCGAAGCCAACACGGAAAUACUGAAAACGCAAAAUGAGCGAGUGAGGCGUUCGGGAUGCAAGGGAGCGGCGGAAUGGCCCCUUUGUCAUACUCCAAGACUUGGCAGCGAAAUGUGGUUUGAACGUGGGGCUUCAUUUUCUGCCCUGUCCAUCGACGCCGGAUAACGGCUAUGUCUUCGGUAUUGUCUCCGACAACAGCGAGUCUCCCCUGAGAUCGGGCUCUCGGUAUAUAGCUCUGUCGGGGUUUCCUAACGUUAGCGGGCUACCCCUUGUACUCUACCAGCCCUCUGCCCUCUCUUUCUUUUGCUCUCUGCAGCUGGUUGUGCUUCUUUGUCUCUCACUGGAUAGCUCAUCAUGAUACGCCUACUUUCGCACCCGCCCAAGAGUGAACCAACCAGCAAGAAAGAUCGCACCAUUCCGUCUAGAUAUUAUCGUCUGCGCAACGCACUCCCUGCUCUUUUUCUGGUCUCUAUCUCGUUCCUCACUGCUUGUAUGAUAUGGAGAGAUGCUACCAGGUCCACACGCCAUACGGGGACACCUGGCGAUCAUGACGACAGGGCGGCGGUUCCUUCGUCACCUUCCUUCGCUGACAGUCCACCACUGUUUCCGCCAAAGGUCCCACCACAUCUUAACCCCCUGGAUUACGAGCACGGUCCUUUGCGUGGCCCUUCAACAGCACAUUUUAGAGACAGCCUCAGAGACGACAGGAAGUACCUGACAUCAUGGCUGGUGGCCGGAUUUACAAAUGACUAUAUGACGAUUGGCAAUAUGAUAUACUUGGCCAUGAUCACCUCGCGUGUCCCUGUCAUCCCUCCAUUUACAUCGGAAAUUGGCGGCGACCGUGUCCCCAUUCCAUUCUCCGAAAUCUUCGAUUUGCCCUAUCUCCGCACGACGCUCGGUAUUCCUGUUCUAGAAUGGCAGGACAUCAAGAACAACAACCUCGCCGCAGACUUGGACGCUCCUCCUGAUGAACUCGGAUGCUGGAGUCUUUGGCAAGCGCAGAGUAUAGGCGCAGAUUCACCGAGAGGUAGCUUCAGCACGUCUACGCUAGGCCUGGACAUCUCGUACACCCGUGCGCCGGAUUGGAUCAAGCUCCUUCCGGGAUUCCAGCACGACAUGCAUUCUAGCUUCUGGUCUCUUGCACGCCUCGCCUUUCCAGAGACGCGCAAUGAAAUCUUGGCGAACCCGGCUGCUCAUCCCACAUUACCCACUCAGUCGGGCAACUCCCUCCCCCCAGACGAUCAGAUGCUCUGCUACGAUAUACUAUACUACGUCGUCGGGGCCGUGCCCUGGGAGUACGAGUUGGAUCACAGCCCGAUGUGGCGCUUCGUCGUUCAGCACUUCAAGUUCACGCAGCGUCUGGAAGACAUCGCAGGCGCUUAUUUGCGCCGUACAUUCAAUGUCCCAGAUGGUCAUGAGAUCCCUCCGUACAUAACCGUGCACGCACGACGCGGCGACUUUGCUGAUUGGUGCGGUGGCGUCUCUCGCGAGCAGUGCUUCCCGCCUCUUUCCGCCUUCGCGCAACGCGUCUUCGAAGUUCAGAACGAGCUCCGGAGCAGGCAGGGCAUCGAGGUGACGAGAGUCAUCAUGACGGGCAACGAGAAGGAUCCGAACUGGUGGAACUCCGUGCACGAACUUGGGUGGUUGAAGGUCGACCACGACUUGGAGCGCACGGUCGAACUCUACGGCAAAUGGUAUCCUGUUAUCCUGGACGCAAUCAUCCAGUCUCGCGGUAUCGGUUUUGUGGGUACGGAUAGGUCGACGUUUUCGUCGCUUGCACGGCGACGAGUGGCCGAGUGGAACAACGGAGCGGUACGCACUGUAAAAUGGGGGCGGCCAGAAUCGGAUCAGCACUAGAUAUUCAGUUCUUGUCGAAUUAGUAGUAUUCAUCGCAUCUGUACAUGUACUUCGAGCGAGUAAGUAGAUUUCUACGUAAGUUAUAUGUAGGGAUUAGGGAGAGUAUUGGGUCACUGGUCACUAGAUACGUGUACUUACGAAUUACUGCAAUGUGCCGCUCGCUCCGACUCUGUUAUUGCUCCUACUCGGAGUGGUAGUGACUGGCUAUGGUACGCUGUAAGACAGCAUGCAGGUGCACCAUGACGAUAUGUCAGAGGGUACUCACUUGCAAACACACAACAUCAUGAUGC